AUGGGGCAGACCAACACAACGGGGCUGCCACUAGACUGUUCGUCCGGGUUGCGGGCGUCGCCUCCGUUGGCUUCGUCCGGCUGUAAGAGUCCCUCUCCAUCCCCCAUCACUGUCUCCGCGGACUCCAGCUUCCAGCCGAGAACCAUGUGCUCUCCUUCGCAUAGUCGUGAGUCUGGGAGUCCAAUCCAUUGCGUUGAGAUGAGUCUGGGCAAGCGCUGUUCUCCUGGACUGACAUGCGUCGUUUGUGGUGACACUUCCAGCGGGAAACAUUACGGAAUUCUCGCCUGUAAUGGCUGUAGCGGCUUCUUCAAAAGAAGCGUUCGCAGAAAGCUGAUAUACAGAUGUCAAGCCGGGACUGGCAUGUGUUUGGUCGACAAGGCUCAUAGGAAUCAGUGUCAGGCGUGUCGUUUAAAGAAGUGUUUACAGAUGGGAAUGAACAAAGAUGCUGUUCAAAACGAACGCCAACCUAGGAACACUGCCCAGGUGAGACAGGACCUCGAGAACGAGCUGGAUCAUUCAAUAGGAGGCAACUCUGUGACCGUAUCCGCCACCCACCCGGCCUUCAGCCCAGGGGCAAACAAUCGCUUUAUGGCCAGCCUCAUGACUGCGGAAACCAGCGCCAAGCUAGAACAAGAAGAUAAUGACAGAGAGGAAACCAUUGAUGUGACAACUGUGGAAGCCGAGCGUAGUCUUCAGCACGUGCACCAGACUCACGUGCCAUCUUACACUGAGGCAGCACUUUACUCUCGCGGGGACGAGACCGUGUACGAGUGCUCGGCGAGACUUCUAUUUUUGGCGGUGAAAUGGACGAAAAGUUUGCCCUCCUUCGCCAAUCUUCCCUUCAGAGACCAGGUUAUACUUUUAGAGGAGGCUUGGAGUGAGCUGUUUUUGUUGUGCGCCAUCCAGUGGUCCAUGCCCAUGGACACAUCCCCAUUACUCAUGGCGUCAGAGCACGUGCACGGUCCUGUCAAUGGAAAGUCUAGUCUUGCGCAUGCCGAUAUUCACGUCUUGCAAGAUGUCUUCUCUCGCUUUCGAAUCAAUCAAGUUGAUCCGGCUGAGUUUGCCUGUUUGAAGGCUGUAGUUUUAUUUAAACCAGAGACGCGCGGACUGAAAGAUGCUCAUCAGGUGGAGAAUCUCCAAGACCAGGCCCAGGUGAUGUUAGGCCAACACACCCGUGCUCAGCAUCCAACACAACCAGCCAGAUUCGGCAGACUGUUGCUACUGUUGCCAACACUGAAGUACGUACCCUCAGCGAGAUUAGAGGCCUUGUUCUUCAGCAGAACAAUCGGGAACACGCCCAUGGAGAAAUUACUCUGUGACAUGUUCCAAAACUGA